UUAUAAAAAAUCAGUUCGUUGUGCUGCGUUGUAAUAUUAAUUGAUAUGCAAAAACAUUUUAACGGCACGUACAAUUAAAGUACAAUACAAACAAAUUGCAAUAGUAAUAUUAUGUUGCACGGCGCAAGCAUACAAACCAGGCAGCACAUCAACAACAACAAUAACAGCGCACAGACACGAGGAAUUCAGUUCGACAAAAGAUAAAAACAGUGAAGCGAUAAGAGCGCCCCAAUCAAACGUGCCAAACAACAGACACACCCACACAUACACAGACACACACACGCAUAACAUUAAUUAGAGCAAACGGCAAAAGGCUAAAUAUGUUGUCUUACAUUAAGCGCAAACUCUCUGAAUCGGACAGCGUCGCUGGUGGCAGCAACAAUAGCAACACAACAACAGCCGCCGCCGCAGAGCUAGUGCGGAAAACAAGUCAAAUGUCAUUGGACAAUGGUACGAUUGCCUAUGGUGAGGAUGCGCUGCUGCACGAGCUGGGCUAUCGCAAUGCCACAGAUCUGCAGGAGACCAUCUACGAUCUGCUGCGCACUAUACGCGAUCCGGAAAAGCCGUGUACAUUGGAAGACUUGAAUGUCAUCUAUGAGGAUGGCAUAUUCGUAAUGCCGCCAACCCGCUCCAAUGUCUCGGUGGUGCGCAUUGAAUUCAAUCCCACCGUGCCGCACUGCUCGCUGGCCACGCUGAUUGGCCUAUGCAUACGCGUCAAGGUGGAACGUGGACUGCCCCACAACAUAAAGCUGGACAUUUAUAUCAAGAAGGGCGCCCAUCAAACUGAGGAAGAAAUUAACAAGCAAAUUAAUGACAAGGAACGCAUUGCAGCUGCCAUGGAAAACCCAAAUCUUUGUGAGCUGGUCGAGAAUUGCAUCAAGGAUGAGGAAUAGAAAGCUUACACAGCUGCCUGCCUGGGCCUCUAGUGUAGUGUAUAUAAGAGUUUAAGUCAGUUUAGUUUUAAGUGUACCAAGUGCUUGUCGCCUCUAUGCUCUAUGAUGUGUCCAACAUUAAACUUUUAAGAUUUGUUAAAUGGGA